GGUCUGUUUUAAUUCCGCUCCUUUCGUUGUUUGUGUAGCGGGGCCACCCCGUUCCCGGCCUGGGGUCGCGGCGUGCCCUGGACUAGGGCGCCUCGCGGGGGCCUGUGGGCUGGUGGUGGGACCCUGGUCUCUCCAAAGGCCUUUCUCCCGAGAAACCGUCACCAGGGAGAGCUCCCCAGCACUCCCCGGGCCACCGGGUAACUUCGGGCUUUCCUAACUUCAGGACUUGGGGGCCCGAGGCCUUGGCUGCGCCCGACCUGGUUCCGUCCCGCUCCCGGUAACUUCCCGCUGUUCUGAAAAUAAGAAGGGUUCUCCUUUGGUCGCCUGUCACUGCAGCCAUGGCUGCCAUGCAGAUGGAUCCUGAGCUUGCCAAGAGCCUCUUCUUUGAAGGGGCCACUGUGAUCAUCCUGAAUAUGCCCAAGGGGACAGAGUUUGGCAUUGACUACAACUCCUGGGAGGUGGGGCCCAAGUUCCGGGGUGUGAAGAUGAUUCCACCAGGCAUCCACUUCCUCCACUACAGCUCUGUGGACAAGGCCAAUCCCAGGGAUGUAGGCCCUCGAAUGGGCUUCUUCCUUUGCGUGCAGCAGCGGGAGCUGACGGUCCUGCGCUGGAACUCAGUCCGGGAAGAGGUAGACCUUUCCCCAGCCCCAGAGGCUGAGGUGGAGGCCAUUAGGGCCAACCUCCAGGACCUAGACCAGUUUCUGGGACCUUACCCAUAUGCCACGCUCAAGAAGUGGAUCUCACUCACCAACUUCAUCAGCGAGGCCACAAUGGAGAGGCUGCAGCCUGAGAGCCGGCAGAUCUGUGCCUUCUCAGAGGUGUUGCCUGUGCUCUCCCUGAAGCACACCAAGGACCGGGUGGGGCAGAAUCUACCCCGCUGUGGCACCGAGUGCAAAAGCUACCAGGAAGGCCUGGCCCGGCUGCCUGAGAUGAAGCCCAAAGCCGGGACAGAGAUCCGCUUCUCCGAGCUGCCCACACAGAUGUUCCCAGCAGGUGCCACACCAGCAGAGAUAACCAGGCACAGCAUGGACCUGAGCUAUGCCCUGGAGACUGUGCUCAGCAAGCAGUUCCCCAGCAGCCCCCAGGAUGUACUCGGUGAACUUCAGUUUGCCUUUGUGUGCUUCCUGCUGGGGAACGUGUAUGAGGCUUUCGAGCACUGGAAGCAGCUCCUGAACCUCCUGUGCCGCUCUGAGGAAGCCAUGGUGAAGCACCACACUCUCUACGUCAACCUCAUCUCCAUCCUGUACCACCAGCUCGGCGAGAUCCCCCCCGACUUCUUUGUGGACAUUGUCUCCCAGAACAACUUCCUCACCAGCACGUUACAGGUUUUCUUUUCCUCUGCCUGCAGCAUUGCUGUGAAUGCCACCCUGAGGCAGAAAGCUGAAAAGUUCCAAGCUCACUUAACCAAGAAGUUUCGGUGGGACUUUGCAGCGGAGCCUGAGGACUGCGCCCCGGUGGUUGUGGAGCUCCCCGAAGGGGUGGAGACGGGCUAACGGGGAGUGCUCUCAGCUGGGAAGACUCCUUCCCACACAGCUGCAGCCUGACCUCUCUGCUCACCCCUUCACCUGGACCUGCUGGGACAGCAGCCCCACCAGGUUCUGCAGAGAUGGAGCCAGAAUUCCCUCCUUCACCACCACAUAACAUUCCUUCAGUGCCAAAGAGGCUGUACCAUCCUGAAGGCACAUUCGUGGGCUCCCCAUCAGCCUGGCCUUGGUGCUAACCUGACUGACUUCCGGAUGGACUCUUACAGAAGCUCUUGGGAGAGACCUGCCUCUGCAGCAACCUACUUUCUUCUGAAUGAGAACUGAUUGCGUAUUCCACAGGAUGGUUGGAAAGAAAGAAACCCUGGACUGCGGAGGGGUGUGAGAUGUCAUUUGGUGACUUUUAAGUUAAACAGAGGGCAGAGGGAGAUGAGCCAGAAUUUCACCCUGCCUCUUGUUGAAUGGGAAUACAUCGCAGAAAACUCAGGAGCCCCAGACUGGGGAGGGCGUAACACAGAAGACAGUUGGGUUGUAUCUGACAAGUCAUCAGCUUUUGCUUUUCCAUCUAAGUUCCUUUCUCCUGUCCAGAGGUCCCACCGGGUAAUCUCCCCAAGAUUGUUGUGGCCCCUGACUUCAGGGGCCUUGUGAGUGCCGUGCCUCUCCCACGUGUUCUACUCUGAGAACUCAGACCCAGAAGAGGGACGUGGCAACCCCCCUCUCCUGCAUGGCCCUGUUGCUCAGCAGAGCCGCCAUGGCUGUUCCUGAUGACCCGGAGGUUCAACAAGAGAAAGGUUCUUGCUCUGGGCAGGCUUCUCAGCCCUGUUGGAGUUCUGUGCCUUUAUUCAGGCUCUAGAGAUGACUGGUCAGCCCAGAUUUUUCCAUUCCUGCUGUGGAGCUUUCAGCCACAAGAGGAAUGAUGCUCACGUUGCCUGGGAGUCCUGAGGGCAUGCCCUUCAGGCACGCAGGCCCCUCAUUCUGACCUCGAGCUGUACUAUGAUCAGAGUCCCUGUGCUGUUUUCCAAGGCUGCAGCUCACACCAGGUUUCUAAAUGAGAAUUCCUGCCGGUUCCACUUGUUUCCUUGGAGAUGUUUUUCCAGGAGCAUAAUGUACAUUAAAGUCUUUGAGUUGAGACUAAA